AUUGUGGCAUGGGGAACGGAAUGUGAGGCAACGCACAGAGACGUGAGGCAUUUACGAAGUACACAAGAAGAAGCCGACACGAAGAUUAUUUUACAUGCUCUGGAUGCCUCUGCUCAAGGUGCUACCCAACUAUCUAUACAUUCUCCUGACACUGAUGUUCUUGUUUUGGCUCUCCGACGGUAUCCAGAUUUGUGCUCCAACUCUUGCUUUGUUACUGGGACCGGCAGUAGUCGUAGAGUUAUCAACUUGAAGUCAAUCGCAGACGCCCUUGGGCCCCCUAAGACGGCUGCGCUGCCAGCAUUUCAUGCGUUGACCGGAGCAGAUGUUACUGGGAGUUUCUCUGGAAAGGGAAAAGCCACUUGUUGGAAUGAGUUUUAUAACGCCAGCACUCCUAUCUUGCAAGCUCUUGCUAACCUCGGUAGUGGGGAACAGCCAGAUGACGGCACA